UUUACACCUGAUGGCUAUCCCAUGUAUGUAAACAUGAGUGACAUCGUAAGACAAUAUGAAAUGAGAGGCUACGCUGCUCAACAACCUAUCAACUCUUUCAAUUAUAAAUAUAACAUCAACCCCACUCAUACAUGUGACCAAUCGGAUAAAAUAAAAUUGCUGUUCAUAGUAAAGAGUAGCCCGAAACACAAUGACAGGCGAAUAAAAAUUCGUGAAACUUGGGCUAACAGGAAACGAUUUCCAGCGAUAAGGACUGUUUUCUCAAUUGGAAUUCCAGGAAGUGGGACAACAUUAUUAGAUUUACAGGACGAAUCAGUUACAUAUAAAGAUAUACUCCAAGUGCAUUAUCUUGAUAACUAUUACAACCUUACCCUGAAGACAAUUACUGGAUUAAAAUGGGCAGUGACUAACUGUGAACGUGUCCCAUAUGUGUUAUCCGUAGACGACGACAUGUAUGUUGCAACCGAUUUGCUGCUUAAUUUUCUCUAUAGACCAAAUGUACGCAAAAUAAAUGCUCUCUUCUCUGGUCAUCUUUUGGUCAAUACAAAGCCCAUUCGUAGCGAUCAUUCUAAAUGGUUUUUGGAGAAGUCUGAAUACCCCUUUCAGAACUAUCCGAAUUAUAUAUUCGGAGGAUUUGUUAUUAUGUCAAUGUCUACAGUGAAAUCAUUUACCAUAGCAGCACAGUAUACCAAGUUAUUGAAAUUUGAGGAUGUGUAUUUGGGGAUUUUAGCAGCUAAACUUGGAAUAGAAGCCACUAAUAAUGGGUAUGUUAACUCUAUGAAAACAUUCACCUCUUCGGAAUCAUUUAAAACACUCAUUGCCUCCCAUUUUUACAGCGAUCCAAAAGAAUUACAAAGAGCAUGGGAUUGCCAUUUAAGUACAGUUGACGAUGACGAUGACAAAGCCAUUUUCUGUGAUUUUAUCGGUGAUCGUCUACGCAAAAUACAAUAUGAAAUUAAUAGCAUAGUUGGAUGGCUUGAAACCGUUAAAUCUCGGUCAUAG